AUGGUAGCAACGUCUCGUUGGGGGAGGCCGUGCAACGCGGCGGUCUCCCGCCGUGAACGGCAUGCGCCGCCGAUCUCCUCCGCCCGCCUGGGCUCGCACACGCAGGUCGCGCUGCGCGCGGCGCAGGCGACGAUGGGGAGGGGCGUCAUGGCGGCGAGGGCGGCGGUGUUGGCGCUGGUGGUUGCGCGCUGCUGCAUGCCGCCCCUCGCACGAGCUGUACCCGUGGUGGACCCUGACAUGGGCGUGGUGGCGGAGCUGGCGGCGGCGUGGAACAGGACCGCGGCGUGCAAGACGUGGGUGCGCGGCAGGGACUGCGACACCAUGCCCGGCCUGCGCUGCGACGCGCAGGGCCACGCCGUUGCCAUUGACGUGCAGGGUGUGAGCACCAUUCCCACGUGCAUUGUGCAGCUCCAGCACAUGACGUCGCUGAGUAUCACACGCAGCGAUGUGCGCGUUGCAUUUCCACCGGCCAUCCUCGCCAUGCCCAACCUCAAGCACCUGAGUAUCACACGCAGCGAUGUGCGCGUUGCAUUUCCACCGGCCAUCCUCGCCAUGCCCAACCUCAAGCACCUGAGUAUCACACGCAGCGAUGUGCGCGUUGCAUUUCCACCGGCCAUCCUCGCCAUGCCCAACCUCAAGCACCUGAAUCUGUCAACGUGCCUCAUGUUCGGCCCAUUGUGGCAGUCCUUCGAUCACACCAAUUCAAGUGCCCUGGAAACCAUCAAUCUGGGCGCCAAUGGGUUUGAUGGCGGCAUUCCAGAUAGCCUCUCUCGAAUCACCUCGCUGAGGCACCUCGACCUGAGCUACAACAUGCUGAUGGGGAGCGUGCCCGCCGCACUCAGUGCCCUCAAGGACCUCACCGCUCUGCACGUGAACAUGAACCGCCUGGAAGGGCUGCCCACCGUGCUCACCACCUUAACUGCCCUCAAGCACCUAUCAAUGGGGGCGAAUUUCUGGACACAGGACGUUCCUGCGCUCCUGGGCGAUCUCAGCAACCUUGAAAUGCUGAACUUGGACUACAGCCGCAUCGCUGGGUCGCUACCGUCCGAGCUGUCACGCCUCAAGAAGCUCACCGAGUGGCACAUGACGUAUUCAUGGUGGGCCGGGCAGCUGCCAGAGUGGAUAGGCAGCAUGACAAGCUUGACAGUCCUAUCCCUUUACCACAGCUAUUUCAACGGCACCAUCCCAGCAACCAUUGGCAAUCUCAAAAACCUCACCCUCCUGGACCUAAGUAAGAAUAAGUUCUUCGGGACCAUCCCCAAAUCACUUGGGAGCCUCACGAACCUGGCAAGCUUGGGCUUGGACGACAACGAAUUGAGUUUCACCAUCCCAACCUCCUUGUCGCGACUCACCCGUCUCUCUGCUCUGGACCUCAGUUACAAUCGGCUUUCAGGGCCCAUUCCCUCUGUACUCGCACACCUCACCAACCUGAGCAGACUGAGUGUGAAGCGCAACAGGCUGGCAGGAACAAUCCCUACCUCCUUGGCCAGGCUCACCCGCCUCGCUUCCCUGGAUCUGUCUGACAACCGCUUUGGAAGGACCAUUCCUGACGCACUCACCGCACUCAGCAAUCUAUAUUCCCUGGAUUUAUCUCACAACCGCCUUAAGGGGACAAUACCUGCUGCACUUAGCGCACUCACUGGUCUUGACUUCUU